AUGGUUUCUCAAUCAAUUUUAGUCAAUCUUACAAAUUCUACAAUUGCAGAUCGAUUGAACAAUCAAAAUAAUGUUAAUAGUAAAGAUUCGAAUCCAACACAAUCAUUUUUAUCUAAUACAACAAUAGCAUGUGAACAUGCUCCUAGUUCUGAAUCAGAUGAAGCUCUUAAUGAUGAUGCUCAUUACAUCAAUAGCUAUAACAAGAAAUUGAAAGUCGCAAAAAAUAAAGUCGUAGCAAUAUCAAGAAAUAGCGAUGAUUUAAUUACAGCAAUAUCGGCACAAUCAUCACAAGUAUGGCAAUAUACCAUACGUUGUCCAAAUUCUAAUUUUUCAAUUUGUUGUUUAUGUCCAAAUGAUAAAAAAAUUUCAACAAACAAUAGUAAUAAACGUAAAAGAAUCUCUUCAUCAUUCAGUAGCAAUAAAAAAGAAAAUUUAUAUGAAUUAUUCACCAAAUGUAUAAUACGUGAUGGGAGGACAUUUAAUGAUCUUCAGAAACCAGGAUUGAAACAAAUUUUACAAGAACUCAUUCCAGGUUAUGAGCCUCCAAGUCGAUUCUCAGUAACUCGUCAUUUAAAACAUCUUCAUAAAUUUCAUUUUAAGAAACUAGUUGAUGAUUUAGCAUUAACUGAUGAUAUUUCAAUAACUCUGGAUCUGUGGAGCAAUAAACAGAUGCGAUCAUUUUUUGGUAAUUACUGGUCAUUUUUUUCCAAAAAAUAGUUUUGCUUUACAGUCUACAGUUUAAAAUUUUUCAACAUUUAAUGUUAUAUCAUAAAUCUAUUGAUAUUCUUCGAGUAUUACAAGAGAAGUUAAAGGAACUUAAUAAAUUACACAAGGUAGUUAGAAUAACUAUUGAUGGUGGUCGGAAUGUAGUACGUGCUAUUCAUGAUCUGCACUUGAAUUUAAAGCGUGUAUAGUGUGUUGCAUACCGACUUCAUCUUUCUGUUACAAAUGCAUUUGGAUUUUGGAUCAUGAAGAAAGAAGAUAAUGAAAAUGGGUUCAAGUGCUUUGGGACAAGGUAAUAAACAACUGUUUGAUAUUUAAUAUUUUACAGUCUGAUUAAACUUAAAAGGACUGAUCGGAUAAAAUAAAAGGAAAAAAAUUUAAAUCAGAUCAUCAGUAUUAGAUUUUUUGACUGCUUUAUUUCAGCAAAUAAAAAUUCUGAUAUUUCAUU